UGUUAGCUCUCGGCGGAGGUGAGGAAGGGAUUGGUGGAGCUGGCAAGAUGCUUCGAAACCUUUUGGCUCUUCGGCAAAUAACACAAAAACCCAUAAAUGCUGUGUCUCGCAGGCAGAUUACAAACAGGAUUGCUGAGAAGCAGAAACUUUUCCAGGAAAAUAAUGACCUUCCAGUGCAUUUGAAAGGUGGAACAACAGAUAUGCUGCUGUAUCGACUUACCAUGGCCUUUUCCGUUUUUGGAGUUGGCUAUCUCCUCUAUAACUUCUACGAGGUAGGAAAGUCAAAGAAAAACUAACUCCAGUUCAGAGGAUGCAUCUUGGAAUAGCAUCAUUCUGUCCCAUUCCAUUAAACUCAUCAGGGACCUACUUUGUCCUUGUCGUAAAUUAUUGAUUUUGCGUUUGGGAACAACAUUUGUUAAAAAUGUAGUAACUGCAAUGAGUAAAAUCAUUUGCUCUGAAGGAUAUAUUUGCAUCUGUUAAAAUUUUAUUUGCUGAGGUUUGUAUUUGUUGUGACUGCUACAGUUUAAUUGCAAAGAUGACUAAUAAACACUGAAAAUUGUGAUAA